AUGCCUGUCGCCGAUGCAAGCGAAGGAAGAUUAAAUGCCAUUACAACCCCCCAGGAGUAUAACAGCCGUUGUGUUGCGUGCUCAAAAGCCCACUCAGAAUGCCUGUUUGAUUCUCCGCCGGACGGGGUGCUCAGGGGACACGCAUAUGUGGCCACUUUGGAAGCCCGUUAUGUAGCAGAACAAGAUAAACCACAGGGUUCUCUAAAUACUCCACAGAUGCCGAGGUCAGAUAUAGCGGUUUUGGAUAUCCUUCCAGAAAAGACUUUUGAUUCAGCCGGAAAGGGUGCUACCCUUCCUGCACUUCCAUCAGACGCCAGCUCUAGAGACUUGGUGGAUGCAGUCUACUUUUACACCCAAGCGCGUUACUGCAUAAUUGAUUGGGGUCGGUUGCGAGAAUGGCACCGAGAUAGGGCCACAAUUGCCUAUACAACGGACGACGGCCCGGUCGAUUCCCAAACAGGUAUCCUAGCGGAUCUUGUGGGGGUCACUAUACGCCUAUGCGUCAAGAUGAAAUAUCACCGGAAAAAGCCUGUGGACUCGCAUUCAACGAGUCCAUAUGAUGUUGAGCUACAGAAGAGGUUCUUCUGGUGUGCAUAUUGCUUUGACCGGCUAGUGUCCAUGCUAUCCAAACUCCCUUUUGCUAUCAGCGACCGUGAUAUCGAUGUGGAGACGCCAGUUGACAUCAACGACACUUGUACCGAUGGGCAGAAGAUCAGAAAUCUUCAACUGAAGCAAGAGUCUGGGGAUCGUGAAACUGGCAGUGCGGCUGUAGCUACUACGGUAUUCCUUUCUGUUAAGCCCAACGUGAUCUUGAAUACUUACGUCUGUCAGAUGACUGCCGCGAUACAUCAUUUGAGAAUUUACCGAAUCAGGUCUCGGAUAUUAACUCAAUCUACUGGUAUUAAUGGCCAUGCACCUUCUUUGUCUGAUGUGGAAAGAUUCCUCUUUGAACUCGAUACAUGGAGGCAGGAAGCGCCUCUGCGACAAGAUUCACAAAAUUUUCCUCAACAAAACCCCGAUCGGGUGCAAGCAAAUUACUUCCAAGCUGUCCUAACAUUGAUAAGACCGGUCCUCAAAAGUGAUGAUGUUGAGCCUCAACUAAUUGAGCUGUGUGUUGAGUUUGCAGCGGAUGCAUGUGAAGUAAGAAACAAUCCCCAAGGCAGGAGAGACACCGCUAAUGAUGUUUUCCAGAGCGCUAAGGCUCUGAGUCUAAACCCCCUUACCCUUCCAGACCGAAUCACAGUAUACCAUUGCUUCUAUGGCGGAAUCACUCUGCUGCAAUGUUUAGCCAUCAAGCCAACGGUGUUGACGCCUCGACGUGCCCAUCAAGCCAUCAGCGCGUGUCUGAGUGCAUUGGCCGUCUAUACCCGAGUUUUACCGGCCGUUGCUCCAUUCCUAAGGCUUUACGAGGAUGUCUCCAAUCUUUUCCUCGGUGAAGAUCAUACAUCGGAGAUUCGUCCGGAUUCGAAAGUGAGAGCGCUAUUGAAUAAAAUUGUCUCUAGUGACCCGUCAGAGACACCAGGGUAG